AUGUUCGACGACCGCGUGUCCUCAACGAGUCGUUUGAAGCGCCUUCCAGGUAGCUGUGACCGAUGCUGGCGGAAGAAAAUCCGAUGCGACCGCGCGAAUAUGGAUGGAGUUUGCACAAACUGCCUCAAUAUCAAAGCAGAAUGUACCCACUCGCGCCGUAAGGGAAAUAAGACUGCCUCAAUCACCGUUGUUCGUUCAGCAAAAGAGCAUGUUGCCAAGAUCCUGUCUACUUCAACGAUAUAUAUCCCGUCCAACGACCCUGCCGCCACCCACAAAAUCCUGGUGGAAAUUGCCCAGUAUGCCCGGUCCAUGGAAGAGCAGAUCGCCACACUCACCGGCGCACGACUAAAGGCCCCCGCAACCCCUACGCCUUCAGAUUCGGAAUCGUCGGAUGAUGAACCCGACCCACCAGAUAGCAGUGACAGGCAACCAAGAUAUGGCGCACCAUUGUUCCCGUCCGCCAAAUCGAAGGAUGUACCGCUGACAAGGGCCACGCGAAGCUUUCAGUUCUUGCAAUCGGUUCUUAAGCACGUACCCGAAAACACUCGACCAAUGCUGGAUCUACCUUGGCAGCGAGAAGAGUUUUGGGUUCGGCAACCUUGGGAAUCAUCUAUCUCGGAGCACUACAAGCUCCCUAUACAAGUCUUCCCCGAGAAAGACCUCCUCGAUGCGCUUGUAGACCUUUACUUCUCCAAGGUCAACACCAUCCUAAACCUUCUGCAUGCUCCCUCUUUCCGCAGAAGUGUUGCCGAGAAGAAGCAUGAGAAAGACCCUCAUUUUGGAGCAGUAUUACUCGCCGUUUGUGCUCUUGCGAGCCGCUUCUCCGAUGACUCCCGUGUUCUACUCGAUGGCACAACCGAUGAGCAUAGCUGUGGCUGGCGAUGGUUCUCCCAAGUCAGACCAAUGCGAGCGGUCGCCUGGUCAGACCAUCCCGCAAGCUUAUACCAGUUACAGCUGAUUUGUCUCUCUCUAUCGUUCAUGUCUGCCUCAUGCUUAGGGACACGUGAUGAAUGCUGGAUACUCGCCGGCAUGGGGCUCCGCUUUGCUCAAGCAUCCGGGGUCCAUUCACGCUCCGGUGCGGGAUACACUCGUCGUGGAGUUGACACUGUGGAUGCUGAGCUGUAUCGACGCGCCGUCUGGGUUCUUGGCUUGUACGACACGUUGAUGAGCUGUUUUCAGGGGAGGCCGUGGAUGGCGCAGAUGGACAAAAUGGACCUCUUACCUCCGGCACCCAUUUCUGUAGAGCAGAGUAUUGUUCUACUCCACGACACAAACAGUAACACACCACCGGUACCUUCAGAAGUUGAAUUCCUGAAUGCAUACAUCGAGUUGGCCCGGAUUAUUGGACGCAUUCACGAAAAGCUUUACCCCGCUGCUGAUCGUGAUCGCAAGCCAAUGUCUGCUGACGAAAUUGCGGAUCUAGAUUCUUCGCUUAACAGCUGGGCGGAAGGGCUUCCGAAACAUUUGAAAUGGAACGCGACCCAAACCAAUACAGUAUUCCUAGAUCAAUCCGCAACAUUGCACAUAACCUACUAUCAUGCUCAGAUAAUCCUACACCGUGCAUUCCUUCCAAUUAUAGCUCGUCAGCCAGAAAAUCCAAUCGAUUCUCCAUCGCUCUCCAUUUGUGCCAACGCCGCUCGCUCAUGUGUGCGUGUUAUCGAAAGCCAUGCGAAGCGCAGUAAAGGACUCAUCCACCAUCCGUCGUUGACUAUGAACCUGUUUGACGCGGCAGUUAUAUUGAUUCUCAAUAUGUUGACCGGUCGUCACAAGAUUAAAUCACAAGAGGACUUUUCGCGUGCCACUUCUGACCUGGAGAGUUGUGUGUGGGUCCUGGGGCUAUACGAGAAACGAUGGCGUUUUGCAGGAAGGCGCUGCGAUGCGAUAUUCCUGAGCUUGCGACUGGUCAGAUUUGCGUUGUUCGACCCCGCAUUCAAUUCGGCCAACAGGUCGCGUCUGCAACAACAGCAACAAGUCCGGCCCGAAAUUCCUUCAGCCCCUCCGCCAGACUUGGGGUAUGCAACUACAGGUGUCUCUAUGGGACCAAGCUUUCCACGGCACUCCAACCCUGACUCACAUAUUCGUGCAUUGGAGGAGUCGAUGGCCAUGACUAGACAUCUGUUUUCUCCGUCCUCCCUAGGCUUGCCGGUGCUUCCCAGCGGCCACUAUGCUCAUAUUCCUUCUACAAGUGUGCAGGAACAGUACUCUGGCAAUAUUGAAGGACAUAGUCUACAUGGUCACAUGGACAUUGACUGGGGACUGAUGUUUGGUGCCCAAUUCUCCUCUGACGCUUGGCCGAGUGAAACCCCGCCCGUCGACCUUCCGAGCCUCGACUCUGGUCCCGUUCAUUAUGCAGGCGCAGAUGCGUGGAACGCCAUUUCGGGUGGAUAUGGAUGGGGGGAGUGGAACUCAUACACUCAUAGAAUUGACUCGGAAUAG